AUGAUGAAAGAGCCUGAGAAAAUCAUGAAAAAGAAUAUCUUAAAUGGACAAAUUAAAUACUAAGUUAAAUGGAAAGGUUUUGAAGAAACUACAUGGGAAUCUGAUGAAACUAUGAAGAAAUAUAAAGAACUUAUUGAAGAUUAUAAUUAUUAUUCAUUGACUGGUGAAAGAUAUGAUGAAAAAAAAAUAGAAGAAAUUAGAUAAUUAACUGUUUAAUCAUAACCUAGAACUGCUAUCAAAAGAGUAGCUAUACCAAAAUUAAUGCCUCCAAAUGAAUUAAAUAAAAAAGAAAAAAAAAUUGAUAAAAUUGAUAACAAACAUAUUGAAAUUAUAGAUAAUCCUAAAAAUGAUUAAUUACAAGAUAAAUUAAAUAUCAUUUAGCCAUCCCAUACUACAAUCAAUCUCACUGAAAUAUCUAUGUAAAUUUUAAUAUUUAAAUUUAAGGAAAGUUCCAGAAAAAUUAGUAAAUUCUAAUGACAAAUUAGAAAUUGUUAAAUUGUAAUCUAAUUAAAAUAAAGGACUAUUUUCUCUUAUUUGGAAACAGAGAUCAGAUGGUAUUAAACCUUAUUGUGAUGAAUAUACCUAUGAAGAUUUUAAGACUUAAGCUCCCUUAUUUUUUAUACAAUUUUUUGAAACCUGUAUCUUUGAAUGUCAAAGUUAAAAUGAUAUUAAGUAAUUAUUCAAAUUAAUUUAGAUUUGAAAUACAAGGUUAAGAUAUUGCUGAAAGAAUUAAAGUCAUUAAAGAAAUCUUGGAAAAAAAUGAUUAGGAUAAAAACAUUUGUCAAAUCUAAAAAUGA